UGUAUAGUUCUAGAUGACUGCUUAUUCAUUAAAGGCUGCAAAUGCAUCAGAAGACGUGAACAUCACUAUGUUACACUUUUAUUUGUGUUUGAGAUUUUGUCUGACUAGGAGGACAGUGUUGGGCUUGGAGGGAGAUCAAAGGAGACAAUUAAUAGAAAGUCGGACGAUAUGUCUGAAUACUCAUGGAUCUGGAGCUACAAAAAAUGGACAAUGCUGGAGAAGGGUGAGUUUAUGUUACAUUUUGUUAUUCAUCCUUUUUCUUUCAGUAAUUCAAUUCUUAUUAGAUGAGACUUUAUAUGAAACUCUUUUGUACUCUACGGGUAGAAAAUAG